AUGCAACAAGGGGUCGUGGAAGAUAAGUUGCAAAGUAAUGUGGGUUUCGAGGUGCCUACACCACGCAGAGCUGAACAGCUUUCCAACUCUGAAUCUCAGGAUGCUCACCUAUUUAGUCAGCAUAUGAGUCUUGAAAGCGAAAGUUGGAAGGAUAUUCAGACCCAGUUGCCAGAUUCUUGGAUGUGGGAUGUUGACUACCACAGUAUUCCUAACACAUCUGGCCAAGCUGUUGGAUGCUGGACAUGCACACCGAUGAAUGAUGAUGAUCCGAGAGACUUUCCACUUACCAUUGCUGGAGCUCCAGUUGUCAUUCCUGUAGAACAUCGCUGGCCUCCAAUUGCUGGGGUUAAUCCUCCCCCUGAUCCGCGACCGUCUACUCCAAUCGACUGCACGGCUGAACUUCCGCUCGAAGUGGUUCGGGAUCUCUUCCUCACUUUUCAGGGAAGCAUGGGCUUCUAUGUUCUUAUUAACGGACUUCUUCAGAUUAUCGUCCCUAAGGAGUUCGACACUGAAUGGGCUUCUUCGCAUCUACCACACAAAUAUGGUGGUCUUCGAAUUUGCUACAUCCCGCAAUGCAUGAUCCCCACGAUGACUCCUUCUAAAACCGAAAUUAUCAACUCGAAAAGCUCACAGGGCUCGGGGCUAUCGAGCAGACUCGGACUUUUCCGGCCUUCGAGUUCAUUGCUUGUUCAAACCCAUCGCCUCAAUGAUUUCAUCGAAGCCCGGACGAAAUCCACCCUAAAAGAGGGUAGAUUUUCUGGCCGUAUUGGACUGAGGACGAGUACAGGCAGCGAAUCCUAUCUUGUUAUGUCGACACAUGUCAUCACCGAAGCAAUACUAUCCAAGUCAAAUCGGCUAUCGAUCUUUAGCAGGAAGCGUAAUUCCUACGAAAAUCUCGAAAGCGAUUGGAAUGAACACGUUGAGAUUUGGGCUGGCAAUGAGCUGUUUGGUACAGUGGACAAAUCCUUCGAUACUAAAGCCAAAGUGUAUCCUAAUGGCUUCAUACAUGAUAUCACACUUAUCAAACCUACUAAUCCAGCUGCUGUGAAGGACAUAAAAUCGCCUAUUCCUGACAUUGGAUGGCUAUCAAGAGAAGCGUGGAAUGGUCUUCGACAGCAAAGCAGCACUGUUAAGUUCCUUGGGGACACGGAGAAUGAAGCAAAAACGCUCAAGACAAAUCGUCCCUCAGAGGUACUGGUUGUCGGUGAAGGCAUUUUCCUCAACCAAACUGCCUCCGUAAAACCAAGUCGUGGACACGACAUCGGCGUCUGGAAGGAUUUCGUGUCUCGAUGUCUUCUCUACAGAGUGCACAAAGACUUCGAUACCCCAAAUGGACACAGUGGUAUUGCGCUUUAUGCUGACGGUCUUCGUGAAGACGGCACGACCGGUCCUGGUAUUGUUGGGUUUCAGUCGUUCGUGCAGAGAUCUGGACACGUGCAGAACUUCAAAAUGGAAGGUGGUGCACUAGAGAGAAGGUUGAAGUUAGGGAGAGUUGCAUUCUAUGGAGCAUUCCAGGUCCCGGAUGAGUUGAGGAAAGCGCACACAAUUGCUUGA